AUGUACUUUCUCGGGCCACAGAACUGCGUCCUUUCCAUAGUCGAAGGAAGAUCCGACGAUGGCACCUUUGAAGUACUUAACCAGCUCAGCGCUAGCAUGGCGCUCCUUGGAAUUAGAUACCACUUCAAAUCAAGCGACAUCAACCCUUUGGCCAAAGGAGGAGACCGUAUCGAAGGCCUUGCAAAGCUCCGCAACCUAGCCGUGAGAGACCUUAUCGCACAUCCGGAGCAUUACGACGAGGACACCACGGUGAUUUUUUCCAACGACAUAAGUUUGUGUAUGGAAGACAUCCUGGAAAUAAUACAUCAGCGGAAGUUCCAGGGAGCCGAUCAGACAUGUGCCAUGGACUGGACAUACGUUGGAAUGACUGGGGACCUAUUCUUCAAUAUCCCGGAAGACGGAUCAUGGGAUAAUGCCUGGAACCUCUUCCAUAAUGACCCUAAGGCACACGCGCGCUGGUCGAGCUCAAAACCAUUCCAGGUGUUCGCAUGCUGGAACGGCAUAACAGCCUUCACCGCGAAACCGCUCAUGGAGAAGAAGAUCAAGUUUCGGGCGCACAAGGAGGGCGAGUGUUUCCAAGGCGAGCCGAAGUUGUUCGCCAAGGACAUGUGGUUCAACGGCUAUGGCAAGAUUGCUGUAGUACCAAGCGUUAAUGUCGAGUACAGGUAA